AUCAUAAUGACUCUUGCGUUAUCGGUCAGAGUGAUAAUAUAACAUCAGCAUGUCAUCUCCAUCUCACAGUGAGGAGUGGUGCAUGACUCCACCGUCCAGCCCUGAUCAGGAGCCGCUGCAGAGGUCACAGGUCAAACCACAGGCCAUCAGUGUGAUCCGCCACACUUCAGACGUCCCAGAUCUCCCGUCAGCCCCUGCUGUAGCACCGGCACACACACUGAUUCUAGCGUCCGCGAGUGUGUGUCCGCCGUCUGUGCUGUUUGUGGACUCAGUGCUGCUGAUCGUGUCUCCUAAACACACAGCUUCAUACGGUCUGAGAUUCAUCGCUCCAGCUCCAGGACAGACGUCGUCCCCACACACCACUGCGUCUGCAGGCGUCCCGUCACGGCCUCGAGAUCACAUCUGCACACACCCCGACUGCGGGAAAACAUACUUCAAGAGCUCGCAUCUCAAAGCACACCUGAGGACACACACAGGUGAGAAGCCGUUCAGGUGCUGCUGGGACGGCUGUGUGAGGCGUUUCUGCAGAUCUGAUGAACUGUCCCGUCACCGGCGCACACACACAGGAGAAAAGCGCUUCUGCUGUCCCGUCUGCCAUGCUCGAUUUGUGCGCAGCGACCACCUGAGCAAACACACACGUCGUCAUCUAACAUUCAGGAGAAACACAGCGGCAUCACAGAGAGAAAUGAACAUCAGCCUGCAGCCUCUCGCACCCAAGACUGACAUCUGCUGAAACAAGGACAUCACUACUGCCUUUAUUGAUUGACAUACACAUUUACCUUCAUACAGUGCAGGGUUCAACCCAAAGGAUUUUUUAUACGGGUCCGAUCGGGCCAUUGGUUGAGAUUUUUACUUGGCCUGCCAAAAUUUUCACUGGCCCCACCAAAAAAACUAAAAAGUUAAUAGCUAUAUCUUAGCCACAUAUUUUAAAUAAUGGCAAAAUUGUGCCUGUGAAUUUAAACAUUUUAAAUAUGUUAAUAAAUCAACCCGGGCUCAUUGUGGAAACGUAGCCCUGCGGAUGUUUCUGCGAGCCGCGAUUUACGUCCCGGGAGGUAAGUAUUCGACCGUUUUUUUUGUUUUCGCGGAUCCGCGCCGUUCUCGCGUGAAAAGCCCCCGGAUCG